AUGGAAAAUGUGAAUGAGAAUGAUAAAUUAGAAUUAGCCGAUGAAUCAUCAACUACUACUAUAACAGAUUCAUUACAUUCACGAACGUUAGCCAAUAUAUAUCAAUUUCGUGGUACUGAUUAUUUAAAACAAGGUUGGGUUGCUAAAAGUAGAGGUUCACGUAUAAAUUUAUUAAAAACAAAAUGGGCUCGGCGAUAUAUUAUAUUAAAACAAAUAUUAACCCAUAAAGGUGUAGACCAUUAUCUUGAAAUAUAUAAAGAAGAAGAAGAUAUUUGCCCAAAAAAAAUUAUUAAUCUUUCACAUUGUCGGAGAAUUGAUUCAUAUAUUCAAUUAAAAAAAUCAUCUGAUGUUGAUACAACAAUUCAUAAAUGGAUAUUUUCAAUUCAUAUCAAAAGAAAACGUGAAAUGUUUUUUUCUGUGCCAUCAGAAGUUGAGAUGGUUCGUUGGGUUCAUUUAAUUAGUAAUGUUUGUGAAUUAUUACAAGAUACAAAUAAUGAUAAAAAAAUUAAUGAAAAAAAACAUUCACGUAAAGGUAGUAGUAAAGAUGGUAAUUUUGAAAUAGAACAAAAUUAUAUUAAUGAACUGGAAGAUAUUAAUGAAAAUGAUUUUCCUGUUAAAGAUUCUUAUGAACCAACAUUUAAAAAACAAAAUAAUGGUAAUAAAAUAAAUUCGGGCCUACCACCACAUAUGCAAAGUAAAAGUACAACAUUUUCACCAAUAUUUAAAAAAAGAAACAAUUCAUCAUCAUCAAUUCAUUCAGCUCCUUAUGAUUUUGGCAAUUAUUCUGUUGAUAAUACAUUAUCAAAAUCAGGACAUGUAAUGAAACAUUCUGAUCGUAUAUCACUACAUAGUGAUAAAUUUUGUGAUAAAUAUGCAAGUGAAUUUUCUCGUGGUUUCACUGAAAUGGUACGUCUUUCACAAAAAAAUAUUAACAAUCAUCAAAAUAAUUCAAAUUAUAAUACAAUAAAAUCAACUAGUAGUACUCCAUCUAGUCAUUAUAUUACAUCACCUCAAUUACCACGUAUCUCUAGAAAAAAUACACCAACAAACAAUUUAUCUAUUAGAAGAUCAAUUUCAAUAUUAACAAAUAGUGAUACAUCAACAAUUCCUCGAUUAUCACGAAAUAAUUCAAUUAUUCAGGAGACAUCAUCUUUAAAUACUAAUCCAGAUAAUGAUAUGUCAAAUUGGUUAUAUGCAUAUGAACCAAUUGACUCUGCAUCAGAAGAUAAUCAUUCCGGAAGAGCUUCACGUGUCUUAAUUCCUGUUAAAUCAUUUAUUCAUAAUCCUAGAACAAUUAAUGGUUCAAUUAAAUCACCAACACCAUCAAUAACAGAAUUUUCAUUUAAUACUAAUACAUUAGAUUAUCAGGGAACAUUAAGUUCAACCUCAGGAUCAAUAGUUCCACCAGUUGAUAGAUCAAAAAAACCAAAUAGAAGAAAAAAAAGUAGUGAUAGUAGUUUACAGGAUUAUGCUAUAAAUAUUGAUCAUCAAUUUACAUAUCCAACAAAAAUAUCAACAUUUCCAAAUAGUACAACACAAAUGUUAAAUUACCCACCAAAUCAUUUCUCAAUUCGUCCCCGAGAAAUUAUUCACCAUGGUAGAAGAUAUAAAUUUACCGGAAGUUGUGUACCACCACCACCAAAAUCUAUAUUUCAUAUAACACCACCACAUUCUAUUAUUAAUGAUGCUGAGUAUUGGAAUAAUAUUGUAGCACCAAAUCCUUUGGUACCUCAUGUCGUUCGCCAAACCGUCAAAGAACAAAUAAUAACUACAGGUCCUAAAGAAAGUCCUGCUGCUGCUAUAGCAAGAAUGAAAAAAUUAAAAAAAGAAGAAAAAAUGAGAGAAAAAGAAAGAAAACGUUUAGAAGAAUUAUCAUAUAAUUUUGAUGAAGAAAUACCAGAAUUAUUAGAUUAUCAAUAUGUUGAUACAGCGAAAACUAAAGCAAUGGGACAAACAAUAAAUGAAGAAGAAAAAAAACGUGAUACAUAG